ACAUAAGAUUUUACAAAUUUGGACUUAUCUACAUUAAUAAUUUUUUUAACAAACCUUACAAUUAGCCGCCCUCUACAUUGACAAAUUUUGGCUUUAUAAAACCAAACCACCUACCACACCAACAACAAAACAAAAAAAGCAAUAAAACCAUGAACUCCAAAACCAACUUCCUCACCACCAGCACCCUCCUCUUUACCUUCCUCUUCAUCUCCACUAAUGCAUAUUCCAACUUCACAAUCAUCAAUCAAUGCCCUUACACCGUCUGGGCAGCCGCCUUCCCCGGUGGAGGCCGUCGCCUAAACCAAAACGAAUCCUGGACCCUAUUUGGCUCCAACAUGGAACGGAUUUGGGGCAGAACAAAUUGCACAUUCGAUGCAAGUGGUAGAGGCCAUUGCGAAACAGGAGAUUGCAAUGGACUUCUAGAAUGCAGAGGCUACGGUCAGCCUCCGAACACUCUAGCCGAAUAUGCACUAUUCUCGAAUCAGGAUCUCUACGACAUAUCGCUGGUCGAUGGCUUCAACAUCCCAAUUCAAUUUGGUCCUCAACCGUCCAGCAGUUGUCGCGCGCGCACUGUGAGGUGCGUCGCAGACAUAAAGGGAGAGUGUCCAGCACAAUUGAAGGCUCCUGGUGGGUGUAAUCAUCCUUGUACGGUGUUCAAGACUAAUGAGUAUUGUUGCUACCAAGGAGCAGGAAGUUGUGGACCAACAAAUUUCUCGAGGUUUUUCAAAAGUCGAUGUCCGGACGCCUAUAGUUUUCCACAAGAUGAUGCUGCUAGUACGUUGAUAUGUCCUACCGGGACUAGUUUUAGGGCUGUGUUUUGUCCUAGAACAGGGUUUGGACAUGAUUAUUCUCCUUCGGAGAUGGUUGGAGGGAUAUGAUCAUGUACUUAAUUAAGCCUCUGCGUGUGUCCACAUACAUGUGUGUGUAUAUAUAUAUGCACUAGAGAUGUAUUUGAACAAUAAUUCAAGUAUUUAACAUGGCAUCGGACCUAGAUCAAGCGUUUAUGUCA